AUGUCGACGGCGGCGCGGGUGGCCGUGAGGAGGACGCGUUCCCUAUCGACCGAGCGGAAGUUGAACCGCGCUGCCUGGGCCAUAUCGGGCACCAGUUUUGGCGGCGAAGGCGACUCAAACGGCUGGCGUCGCUCCAACGAUUCCGGAGCUGGCCGGAGCCGCCAAGGAGGCCGUCCACGGGACGCAUCUUCGGACCGGCGCCAAGCGGGAGGACACCAGCGUGGUGGUGGUUCCGAUCAGCGCCAGCGUGGCCGUGCUCCUGCUGCUGCCGCCUCUUCUUCUUCUUCCGUCCUCCGGGCAGAAUGAGAUCAUCUCGACAGCUCCCCCGACCGUCUGCAGGUCAGACCGGCACGCGCCAAACGUUUCCUGCGAUCUACGAGAAUUCGUCGGAAGUGGUGAAUUCAGAGGAAGUUUCUGGUUCGUCUGAUUCGUCUGGGCUCGACUCCGCAAAGGCACCGGUAGCGGUUUCGUCAGGUCACGACCGACGAUUGCCGCAUCCCCGGGUUGACACAACCCCAUGUUUACCAACAAAUGGUCGUGAAGCAAUGCAUAAUAAAGAGCAUACCCUGCCGGCGACGUUGAGCGUGCUGACCAAACCGUCUCUUGAUGACCGUCGAGAGGCGACCGCCGUUAAUGCGGCAUGCUCGCGUUCUGCGUCAAGAGGGAUUGACCGUCCGAGUUUAUAGCAGACAACACACGAGUGGCCGAUCCUAGCGAAAGCGAUCUAUAUUCCCCCCGUUCCGGUACGGAUGCGGGUACGGUCCAAGAUCUAGAAACGGGCAGCCCUAUAUGAAGAGUGGCGACCCCGUUUAUCUCGGCGAAUUCGGCAGUGGAUUCGAAUUCGCCGAAUGACCCCUUUCCUGAUGUAGAAACUCCAGCGGUGGGUGAACCUACCACUCCUGCUCCUGGUGCUCGGCAGCCCUCCGAAGGUGCUGUUUUUGACGCUUCCCAGGAGUAUAUUAAUUCAG